CCAGCUUUGGAGAACUACUGACCUGCAAACGAGUUACCGUUAAUAAUUAUCGAGAAAUAUUCAUCCGUUUUGUUUAUUUCUGUUCCGUCCGUCGCGUGAAUUCGACGGCAUGUCAGUGGUGAGCGUGCGCAGUCCGUUGACGUGGUUGUCCUUCGCCGUUUGCCUUUUCCGCGCUGCCGCCCUCCCCGUCGUCGACCCAGGACUUUUUGUAAUAUCCGGGGUCAUGACAUGCGGCGGCGGAAACGGCUACUGCUUAUUGGGUUUGGACUGCACAUUGGACGCAGACUUCUUGCCGGACCCGCAAGGCCACUGCGAGGGCCUCAAGAACGCCUUCACGCCCUCCGCCUAUUUCUCCUGCUGCAAAGCAAACGAUAUGAGACCCACAGGGCCGUGGACCCACCCCACCACCACCGAUGGACCCAAAACCCCCAAACCCACCCCUACUAACGCUUCUUACACUCAAAUCAACUCCACUCCAGUUUCCACCACACCCUUAGCUCUAAACGUAAAUGCGACUGAAUUCACGAAUCCACCCGAGAGUACACACACAGCCGCAAACACCCAGACUACAAGUCUACCUACAACAGAAUCACCAGGAGCCCCAGCCACAAGGCAAGGUGAUGACAUUACAGAGAUGACAUCUGAUGCCACCGAACAAUCGACUUUCGAAGGGGAGUUUUCCUACCCUCCUCUUCGAGAGAAUUCCAUAGACAUGGAGGAUAGAGAGGGUAGCGGGUCGCGGAAGACGGGAGGGAUGAGCGAAGGGACGACGACGAAGGUCACAAUAUCGAUGCACGAGCCUGACUUAACCACGAGCCCAAGAACGGAUGUACCGGAAGAAACCUACGUGGAUGAUGACGUAGAUGGACAGGGACCCGAAGAGAUGCCCGAAGAACAGGACACUCUUUUAUUCGACCAAGAUGAGGAGCAAGAGAACGAGGAAGGAGAAGAGGAGGACGAGCAAGAAGAGGACUUGUUUCAUCGCGAAGAACCGGCAAGGCGACCGGAAGUGAACGAGAUCGAAAAGGAGAUUCUUAAAGUCCGACCUGAUAUGAGCGAAGUUCGCCCAGGUGUGAGUAAAGGCCAAGAGAUAUUGAGGAUACAUGGGCCGAACGACAUAUGGCCGGAAAUGGUCCGACCUUCGACGGGGAUGACGGAAUAUCACCCGGUUCAAACUCAAGUUCACCCACAAGCUGGCGCCCGACCGAUGGUGCAAAAAGAUCAAACUCGACCGGAAACACCAGAAAAGGAAAUGCUCCCGGUAGUAACUCAAUCUCCCCCAAAGACAACUCAUAUCCGACCGCUGAUUACUGAGAACCGUGUCUCGAACGAUUCCGAGAUAAAUAUAGUGCGGAUCCGGCCGACGAUGACGGAGGUGCGACCAGAAACGGACGAUUCCGAAGUCUACGGCACGCGAAUCGACCUCCCGAAGAAAGAUCUCGUAGAAGCUGACUUGAUCGACGAGUACGCCGAAGAGAACGAAUACGAAAUGGACUUGGUGAGCCCCGAGCGUCCAUCGAUGAUCGAAAUACCAUACAGCACGCAGGGUCCGAAGGAAACAAGCACACAUUCAACCACAAAUCUGAUCAGCGGGCAUAAGACUAGAAUAGGAUAUCCAAUGGAACAUCCAAUGGAACAUCCAAUAAUAGGACAUCCAAUGGAACAUCCAAUAAUAGGACAUCCAAACGGCGAUCCCAUGCAUCAACAGGACUUGCAAAGAUAUCCCGUCAAGUCUAAAAUAGGACAUCCAAUGGGAGGACAUCCAUCCGGUAACCCUAUUCAUCAACAAGACAUGCAAAAAUAUCCGAUCAACGGCCCUGAGUCUGGAAUAGUAUAUCCAAUGAUACAUUCAACGGGAGGACAUCCAACCGGUGAUCUCAUCCAUCAACAGGAUAUGCAUAAAUAUCCGCUCAACGGGCAUGAAUCUGGAGAAGGAUAUCCAAUAGGACAUCCAAUGGGAGGACAUCCCACCGGUGAUCCCACCCAUCAACAGGACUCGCAAAGGUAUCCAAUUGUAAAUGGUUCAUCGCAUCGGCCGGUAGAGAGUCCAGUUUACCACGAGUCUCUUGAUCGUCCCCAUUCAGUGAAUCCGAUGGGUGGACACAUGUCUCUUACUGGCGAUUCUCAUCUAGACGGUGGAGGGUAUCCAACGGUGAAGGGUCAACCGGAGGCUCCAGAUUACCACGAGCUGACUCCAGACCACGAGAGACCCAUGGCGACCAUGGUCCCAGGCCACUCCUCAACGUCGGAGACUCCGCCAGAGAGCAGCACCGAGGACUUGGCCGUGUCGAAGACGUACCUGAACUACAUCCGCGACAAGAUCAACACGACGAUCGCGGAGAUCUCGACGAGUCUGAACAACCGCUUCCCGGGACUCCGGCCGGGGAUCAUCUCGAACACGAUCUCGGACGUGGUGACGGCGACGCAGAGGCCGUUCGUCCAGGCGCAGUCCCCGGUCCUGGGCGACGGCUCCGGCGAGCUGUUCAACCGCGACAACGCGAGCGCGGGCGCCUUCGCGCGCCCCCGCAACUGCGACAUGGUCCGCGACGUCGAGUGGCGCUUCCAGGAGGACGGCCAGACCAUGUGCUACGGGAUCCUCAUCGAUGCCGUCCGCAUCCUCACGUCUGCUUCCUGCGUUUUGAAAUUAUUUGAGUCAAAUAUGGCGGGAGUGUCAGCUAUCUCUAAUAGGGGCAACAACCACAGUAUAAACGGAGUGACAGUGCACGAAAAUUUCCAGGCUGUCAGCAAUCCUCAGGCAAUGAAUAAAAAUGAUCUCGGUAUCGUAACUUUAAAAGCAACAGUUCCUUACAAUGACCAGUGUAUUCCGAAGCUACCUUUCAAGGGACAAAUCUUAAGGAAUAUGAAGUGUAGUUCGACGCACAACGAAGAAGAAUCAGAAUAUAAGACAAAACCAAUGUUCAGCCGGUACAGUAGUAAUUACGUAAACCGAGAUUCACCGCUGUGCUCUCAUUCUCUUAGUACGUUUGAAGUGAAUCGAACGCCGUACUUAACUUUAGCGUGUCAAAAUGCAGUAACGGCGGACACCAGAAAAAUUUCUCAGGACACCAGUGGAAGUGGUGUCAUGUGCGACGGAAUUUUGGCGGGCAUUGAACUUUCCUCGGGGCUCGGAGCAAAAGCCUACACGCCUUUGAGCAUGUACGUCGACUGGAUAAACAAGAACAUCAAAGGACCCAGCAUAUCGCAAAGGUUCCGGGUUGGCUACUACAAUUUCAAGAAGUGAUUCUCAACGGAAGAGGUGGAACAAAUUACGAACCAAACAGGGUCGAACUCGAACGAGAAGUAUCGUGAUGUACGAUUGGACGUCAUUUUGCGUUGAGGAAUUACAAUUUCUGACUCUUCCAUAGAAACACCUUUCUCUGGAA